UUUCAUUGACCACGACGUUUUUCCACAUCCUGUUGGAAAAAGUUAGUCGUUACUCGGCGGCUGUUUACUGAUACAUAAAGUAACUUGUGCUGUUCAUUGUUCACAGACGUGUUCCACUGAGGAGUGUGUGUUGUCGUCAUGUCCUCUCAGUCAAACCCGACAUGUUUCAGCGGGCUGUGUGUGUGUGUGCUCGCCGUCCUGUCCGUGGCCGUUUCAGGGGAGAAAGUUUUGGAGAGUCGCUCCGGGAUGAUCCAGGAGCUCCGGGCAGCCCUGGCUGACCUGGCCGGCGAGGGAAGGACCUACCUCGGCAGACUGGCCGGGGAGCAGACGGUGCUGUCGGUACAGAAGGCUUUCUCUCAGGUUCUGAGUGUUGUUGCAGGGAGUUUGGCCAGUGGUCUUAACGUGCUCCUACAGUAUGUCUCACAUUUCCUGCAGGCAUCUGGAAUUCAAGUCGUCUUCCCUGUCAACAAAGUGACUCCAGAGGGGCUGAUCUUUUUUGCUCAGUGGCUUCUCGUGGCUCUCAUUAGCUACUGGCUGGUCUCCCUUGCUCUCAAUUUAGUUGCCUCCACUCUGAGGCGGGCCCUUUGGCUACUGAAACUGGGUGUGGCCUUGGCCUGUUUUGGACUCAUCCUGAGAGACCACAGCGUGGGCACAGAAACCAUGGCCAUCCGAUUGGCUGUCCUUGUGUGCGUCUGCGUCCUAUUGGGCGUCGGGACCUCGAAGGGCCCUGAUGCGUCUGAUAAAACUGUUCACCUGGAGGAGCAGGUGAAGAUCCUGGAGACGCGACUGCGAGAGAUGGAGAAGUGGACAAAGUUGGACUGAGCUGCACAUGAUGAAGCACUGUGGAACUUCAAGAGACAAACCUUUUUACACUUUACAUGUUUUCUUUGUGUUAAAAAAAGAAAUGCAUUUCUCAUGAGUUGUUACUGACACAAUAUACCUACUCAAUCAUUCCAGGCAGCAGAUUACUGUAAAAUGCUUACCAAGAACCUGAUGUCACUCUUCUUAUUUCACUCUCAGAAGGAAAGAAAAUGAGCAUAUCUUUGGGAAUUAUUAAAAAAAUGGUACCUCAACUCUUGAGAACAGUAAUAAUACAUCCAGUCAGAUGUUUUAUCAUGAUGAGAAAUGUUGUAGUCUCAGUUUUACACACAGAGGUUAUAGAGGGCUGCUCUGAUUCAAUGCGGUGCCUACUCCCAUUUAAGUAUUUCAAUCCUUUUAUACAGAGAAUCUACCAUACUGCUUUUACACUCUCCCACCCCACAAACACACUAACUGUAGUGUUGUUGUCACAUCCCGCCAAUCUGGCUCUGUCUUAUACAUGGACAUGGACUGGGUCUGUGGCUGACUCCACUACUGACAUAAAGAUGUAACAAUGCCCCCUCCCCAUUCCAUGAUCAUACCAAAUAACAUAAUACUAAUAACAGGCUGGAUGUGUUGUGAUCGGUCCUUGAGCACAGUCCAUUUUAUGGCAGACAGCAAUACGCUCUCAUGUACACCCAGAAUGACAGGCUCAAAUAGAGGGCUGGUAAAGAGUCAGGCAGGACCAGUAAAAACUUAAUGGAUUUUUGCUGGUCUACCCGGCCACUGACGUUACGGCGUUUCUUUAAAUGCCCCCAGUGGUCCAGGUAUGUCCAGUGUGUUUGUGAGAGAGAAAAAGAUGGAGCCUAAAAACCAGAACACUCAGUGAGCUCAGGUUUAUUCCACUGUCGCUGUUAUGCUGCAGUUCACGAGGCUUUAUGCUGUCAACUCAUGAUAGUAAUCGACGGAAACAUUGUUUGUAUCCAUGUAUCACAUGCAGGUUCACAGAUCUAUUAUGGUCCAUAAUAUCAGAUGUUUGUGUUGCUACAUGUUUACUGGCCCCAGGAUACAGCAACCUUAUUGGCCUUCCCAAUCAUUAACAACAAAUCGUACAUCAGAACAAUGUGUUGAAGCAUGUGAAUGGUCUCUGCCCAAACCUUUCAGGCCUGGAACUGAGUGUGUGUGCGUGUGAGAGUGAGAUGCUCUACCCUGAGACGGCCAAUCCGGCAGCACGACUUCAACUGACUGUGCUGUGUCAGUUGCCUCCAAGGCUUAACACGUUACCACACGGCCUAUUCAUUUUAAUCGUACCAUUUUCUUGUCUUGACUUGGCUGCUACAAAACACUUAAUGCUGGGGAUUUUGUUGUCUGCUUAUUAGAUACACAGACAUAGAUUCUUUUUUACUGUUGGAGAUGCUACUCUUCUCUGAUCAUUUUCUCUAUAUCUCAUAUAUGUUGAACUGUUUGUUACUCACUGGAAUCGGUGGUGUUUGCUCUCUGGGCAGAAUAAAUAUACUCUAAAUAUAUUCUAAUCAAGAAAA